AUGGCGGAGAUGGACGACCUAUCCCAGUUGCUUGCUGGGAAUUCUAAGGAGGAAGCAAGAAAAUAUUGGGAGAAACCAUACAUGUGCAAGUUUUCCAAGAACUUUUCCCGCAGCAUCCGGCAGUCCCUUCUCCACACACACCUCAAGAAGCUGCAAGCGGAUGCCGCUGCGACCCUCGCAUCCUUCAGGCCAGCGGGGAAGGACAUUGAUAGAAAGAGCCGUGGAGAUCCGCUGCUUCUCUUCCUUCUGCAGGGAACAAAGAUGCAGCGAAGCAAUGAGGAUAAUUCAGGAGAAGGCACGAAAGAUGAACGUUUCAGAGAAACUGAGGCACUUCUGAGGGAGAUUGAAAAUGAGAGGAAGAUUAUCCUUCGGGACUGGCAGGAGCUGCGGAAGUUUAUCGAAGAGCAAGAAGGAAGUGCAUUGAGGAGACUGGAAGAGCUGGAGAGAGAGAUCGUUGUGAGGAGAGAUGAGAGCGUAUUAAAAAAUUCGGUAUUCUGUAAGCCCGAAAUGGACCUUAUGGAGCUGGAACAGAGGAUGAAGCAUUUCUCUCAGAAAAGGAUUGCUGUGCAAGAGGUGCUGUUGACCUUUAAGGGAAUUUUGCAUUCGGAGCUGGGGAAUGCCUUAACUCUGCCUUUCUCAUCUGUCUGCCUAGGAAAGUCAUCCUUCUGUUUGAGGUUUCUCUGUUGCUGCCGAAGAUGUGGCAGGGAAGCGGCUGCAUUGGAGCUGGAUCAGGAGCCUGUGACCUUUGAAGAGGUGGCAGUCCGAUUCACCAAGGAGGAGUGGGCUCACCUGGACCCCCACCAGAAAGCAUUGUACAUGGAUGUUAUGCAGGAGAACUAUGAAAACGUCACAUCUGUGGUGCUUUCCCUCACCAAGUCUGUUGGGACACCCUGGGCAGAAGAAGGGGAAGGGGCAUGCUUCCUGAUUCCAAAUUCUCAGGGCCCUGACAAAAGGAACCAUUGUGAAGUCAUCAGUACAGCUCAUGUUGUCGAGAAUAGGGUGGAGAAUAAUGUACUGCCGGACAAUUCUGAGCAAAACGUACCUCAUGACGCUUCUUUCCGAAGCGCAAACAAUGGACCCCUCCUGAGUCAUGAGGGAGGGGAAUCAUCUGGGCAUCGACGCAGAUCAACGAGGCUGCAAAAAACCAAAACGGGAGCUGAAGAGGAGAGUCCCAUUCCUCCUCAGGAUGUCAAAAAAAUCGCUGUCCAGAAGAGGAUCGGUAAGGAUGGGAGACAAAAGGCAUGUAACAAAUGUGGGAAACUGUUUACUCAGAGUGUCCUUCUCCUCAAGCAUAAGAGAACCCACAUGGGCAUGAAACCUAUCAAAUGCUCAGACUGCGGUAAAAUCUUCAGCCGUCAUUCCUUCCUUCACAAACACAAGAGAACCCACAGAGCAGAGAAAUUGUUCCGCUGCUCGGACUGCGGAAAAUCUUUCCAUCAGCGUUCCCAUCUUGCCUCACACAAAGGGAUCCACACCGGAGCCAAACCUUACAAGUGUUCAGAGUGUGGGAAAAGCUUCCGGCGAGGGCCUGACCGUAAUAGACACCAGAAGAUCCAUACAGGAGAAAAAAUGCAUAAAUGCUUGGAUUGUGGAAAGAGUUUCCUCCUGAGUUCGAGUCUCAUGAAACAUGAGAGGACCCAUACAGGAGAGAAGCCAUAUAAAUGCUCGGACUGUAAGAAAAGUUUCAGCCAGAGAUCUCACCUUAUUGUUCACAGAAGAACCCACACGAGGGAGAAACCAUUCAAGUGUUCGUUCUGUGGCAGCGGGUUCAGUCAGAAAGCUCAUCUCACGGCCCAUGAGAGAACUCACACAGGAGAGAAACCCUACAAAUGUUCUGAAUGCGGCAAAAACUUUAAACUGAACGCGACAUGUAGGAAACAUAAGAAAACUUAUCAUUUUGAUUUCAAGAGUAACACCAGAUGUCUAAAAAAGCCAAAGAAAGGAAGUGACAAGAUUUUCAACAUGCGCAGUGGUCGUGUCCAGAAAUUUGAGGAUAAUGUGAUCAUUGAAAUCCAUCACAGGACCAAUGUUUAA